AUGGCUUCAACACUCACAUCACACACCAGGAUGCUGCCAUUCUUCUCAGUCUAUUGCACGUUGUUCAGUGUCCCAUACUACUCACAAAGCCCAUUCAUUCAAAAAGAAGGUCUCAUCCAAAAAACAGAACACCCCCUUGCCAUGCUCAUCCAAAAAAAAAAGAACACCCCCUCGCCAUGCCUCAUCCAAAAAAAAGGUUGUGGCAUCCCUCUACCACUCACAGAACACCCCCUUGCUGUGUCUCAUCCUACAAAAGAUAAUAAGACUCAGAUGGUGAAGACCAAGCAGACAGCUAAGAAGACCACUGGGGGUAGAGCUCCCAGGGUAUCUCUUGCUGGUCUGAAAGCUAGGGAAAAACAUGCUGCCAAGUCAAGCAAGGCCCAUGCUAGGAAGGCCCCUGUUGCCAAGAAGAGAAGGAUGAGGAACUUGGCAAAGGUCACCCAGCUUCCUGUGACCUUCAGGUGUGUUUCCUGUCAUUGGAAAAUGACAAGAUUUGAAAGUCCUCAGCCCUAUUUUGGCUUCUACUUGUCAGGCAAGCCAGUCCUGAAACACCCUCUUGUGGUCAUUGGGGGGUUUGAGCAUGCCACCACCUCUGAAGUGGCUGGUAACUCUACUGCCAUUAUCCACCUCCACCUUGAGUCUCUAGAGCUUGGCCAUGCCCCUGUGCAUAUCCUUCACACCAUGUUGCAGGGAUAUUUCAGACAAGACACCUACCACUUCUCACAACUGCCCUUCAACUUUGCCACUGAGGAGUCCAGAGCUGCCUAUGACACUGCAGCAUCAAAGCUAGCUUCAAGUCUGACUACCUUUGCUAAGGUAGUCAUUUUCCUUACUACCCAUACUGAUGAAGACAGGGGGGAUCUGUUCUCUGGAAUGGAGAAUAAGGUUCCAAUAGCCACAGAGGUCUUUGAGUUGCAGUUUCUGCAAGGCCUUCUGUUACCCCUCUCCAACAUUGUCAAGGGUGGAGACCUCAUCUUCUUUGUAUGUGGUUCUACUGUAAGGAAGGAGCAGAGCUUCCAAGGACUGAAGGCAGCUGUGCAACACUUCAAGCCAAGGUCCAUGUUGCUUUUUGAUGCUGAGAGACUUCAACUAGUCACCACCAUUCCCUUCCUCAUGAGUGUCCUUGACUCCACCCUUGUUCAAGGCUUCCAUGUCCAAAGUGCAGUCAGGCACUCCAACAUCAUCCUGAUGUUGUGGCAGGAGAAGGUAGUGGUGGAGAAAUUUGUCUGGACUGACAAGUUCAUCAGGCCUUGGGGACAACAAUUGCCUGCCCAGUGCCCUCAGUAG